AUGUCUUUGCUGAUCCUUGCUCUCGUCGCCUUCGCCUAUGCUGCUCCACCAAUUGUACCAGAGGUACCGGAGGAAGAAGAGGCACAGGCUAAACCACUUUACCUAGCGGGAUGCAAGGACGGAGUGAACAAUGUCAUCAAAGUCGCCGAUAUCAAAGACCCAAAACUGGCUAUCCAUGCAAAAGACGUUGUUAUUCACACAUAUUUUGACGAUGGAAAGCCGUCCUGCUACUAUGGCCGUGCCUAUGUCUCACUUCCCGGCAAGCUGAAGAUCGUCAAAGGUUCGGUCGUUGUUGAUAAGGAAGUCAAGGAUUUGAAAAAGGCAGUCGCAAAAUUGACUGUGAAGAAGAACUCAUGGUUCAUUGGAACUGUUUGCCAAGAUGGAGUUAGCCAGAAAUACCAGGUCCCAGCAAAUGUAUGCAGCCACAAUAUCUACCCAGAGAUUGGCGAUGACUUCAUCAAGAUGCUCAGCACCCCUGGCACUUACAACUUCGAGGAGAUUACCAAGAAGGCUAAGGUAUCGAAUGUCAUCUCACUGCCCUCAAUCAGCUCCUCUUUGAAGACCUUCGUUGUCAACGGUGACUGGCAGGCACAGAUCGCUUUGGUUCUUGGCAAGCAGAAGAUUGCAAACGUCAAGGUCCCAUCAAAUGGUGAUUGGGUCUAUGUCUAUUAA